AUGUCCGACGAGGACUCGUCAGACUCCCUGGACUACGACGAGCUCGCAGAGCCACAGGAUAGUGAGGACUGCCGGUCUGAGCUGUCCUUUUCGGACUUUGCCUUUCCUCUACGCCCCCUCAAGUCGGCUUUCAAGUCCAACCUCACUGCCUCCCUUCGUGCCUUGAAAUCGGCGGCCAGGUCUAUCUCGGCCCUCAACCUAUCGUCCAUUCCUCCGGACGACUUCCUCACUCGCUCGAUUCUGACCAUCGAUCCUAAGGUUCCUUAUACGGAUGAGCGCCGCCCUCCAGUCCUGGAGGAGGAGCCGUCGGCUGCUCUCCGUCGUUAUCUCAAUCCCACGACGAGCGCCCGGCUCGAAACGCAUCCCGCCGCUCUUUCGCCUACGAGGACCUAUACUGCAUCCAUCCAGAUGCAAACUUACAAGGUACAGCGAUCUCGUAGCGCGUCACCCUCGUCGACUCGCAUCGUCUACCCCGUUACUUCGUCCUCUUCGUCACAGGCAGCCCCGUACCAACCUCCGGCGCAAUCGCCCCAGCAGACGGCAUUUUCCUAUCCUCCCGGGGGUAUGCGACAGCGCGAGACACGUGAGAACUCCAAUUUCAUCCGCAUUGCUGUCAUGGAAAUGGCGAUGCGCAAGGCCGGCAAACUCGAUGAUCAACGGCCGGGCCGAGCGCGUUGGACGUUGCCCCCUCGCAAGGCGGUUGCGCGAGCCUACGCAUAUAAAGUGCCGCGCACCGAUUUCGCCGAGUUGCUAGGCUUGGCUACGAAGCUCGCAUUCGAAAACAGGAAGCGAGCGCGCGGUUCGGUCACCGAAGGCAGCAGAUGA